GCGGAAGAGGACACGCCGCUCGGGCUCUCGCUCACCCCCAACGUGCCUCGUUGUUACCACAGAAAGUGUUGCUUGUUGAGGGGAAAAUCCAGCUCUCCUGCCGAGGAAGGAAUGUCGCCGUGCUGUCGAGUGAGACGAACGAAGGCGUAAUAUAACCCGAGUGUCGUUGCCACUGUGGAUAAAUUUGUUUUAUCCCCGAAGAAUUUUCAAGCCCGGGGGAAGGCUGGGAGAGAGAGAGACAGACAUGGGCUGGCGAGGGAGACGUCCGAGUGGAAGUGAUCGGUGAGGCUUUCCUGGACAGAAAAAGGGCCUCAGGAAAACCCGGCGUCGUUCGUCCUGCAGGAGAGGCGGAAUCACUCGCGUCCUUAAUUAUCUUCCGAGACACAGGACAGCCACCGAGAACGUGACAGGAGUGAGGUGCGUGCGAGCAUGAGCGGCGAGGGUGAGGAGAGGGGUGGAGGCCCCGUGUCUGCAGUGUGAAGCAGGCACAUGCUGUGCUAAAGGCCCUUUUUGCUUUUUGCCUCCGAGUGGGCCUCAGCCCUCGAGUUUGUAGUUUUGUGGUAUUCGAGUGUCUGAGAGUGAAGUGAUCCCUUUUCAAUUUCUUAUGGAAUUCAGCCUUUUGUUGAUAGUUCCGGGCCAGCCGUUGCUCGUAGCGUAAAGAAAGAAAAAAGUUCAGUUAAUCAAUUCCAAAAAGCGAUUCUCGUGAACUUCCCCAAAUUCCCAAGCACCUCAAGACUUUAAAUGAAAUGACUCGCGCUCUCUCUUCCGCACUAACAAUGCCACCUCACUAGUCCAUGUUUCUCCGUGGGUAUGUGAGCGGGCACCGAAGCAACACAAUACCCAAUACCCCGAGCUAAUAUAACGCAGCUCUCUGUGUCCGACUACGCCAGCUGACUCCAUACCACACAGGUUUCGGCCAAGAUGGUGCAGUGUUACCAGAUCAGCGGGGUUUCCCUCCUGGCAUGUUUGGUCAUGCAGGUCGUCGCCGCCUCGCACCAGGGUCCGCCGUCGUACUACUGGUCUCGGACGCGCACAGGCUCCGCCCACUUCUCGCAGCGCUCGCACAUCGGGCCUCUCCCGCACGUCAACGAGGUCAUGACGGAGUGGGCGCGAUGGAGUCCGUGGGCGCGCUGCUCCAGGUCGUGCGGGGGGGGCGUGAGGACCAGAACCCGAACCUGCAUCACAACCUAUCCAAGGGUGAUGCCCGGCUCCGGCGUGCGCACGACCCACGACCAGUGCGCAGGAGACAGCGUAGAGUACAGUGUGUGUGGCACGAAACCCUGUCCGCCGGGGAUGGUGUCCGCCGUGUCCUUUCGAGCUGCACAGUGCCGGCACUAUAACAACAGGCGCGUGUUCGGGAGGGUCGUCAACAACUGGGUUCCUUAUACACAAGGAGGCAUCAACCCGUGCGCGCUGGUGUGCGAGGGCGAGGGCGAGGGCAUCGUCUACACCUUCGGGAAGGUCACGGACGGAACGCACUGCCGCACAGACCAGGCGCAGGACGGCCUCUGCGUCAACGGCCGCUGCCUGCGUCUCUCGUGCGACGGUCGGCUGGGCGGCACAGCGAGGGAAGACAUGUGUAGGAUCUGCGGAGGACACAACGAAACGUGUACCCGACAUGUUGGCGUUUUCCACACCGACCUGCCCGCCGCCGACCAGCCGUCGCCUCUGACCCGCGCCGGCGACAGAUCUCCCAGAAAUUAUGGUUACUAUGAAGUGUCUUACAUACCGAAGGGCGCGACCAACGUGAGGGUGAGAGAUACUUCGCCAAACUUCUUGGCGCUGAAAGCCGGGAGCAAAUUCCUGCUGAACGGCGACUGGCUGAUCGACUGGCCCGGGGAAGUGGACGCGGGCGGCACCCUCUUCACGUACGCCCGCAACGAAGACGAAUCGGAGAGCCUCAGCGCCCUGGGACCCACCUCCGAAGACAUCACGCUCAUGGUGUUGCUCCGCGAACACAACCCGGGCAUCUACUACGAGUACUGGACACCGAACUCCGCUUCCGGCGAGGCCCCUCCCGCCGUCGUCCCCCUCCCGUCCGCGACCUCCUCCUCCUCCUCCUCCUCCUCCACCACCACGCCCACGACCCCCACCCACUCCCCCGCCACCCCCUCGACGACUUCCGCAACCACCACGACCACGACGACCACAACGCCACGACCGGCAGUGUUGACGAGUGUGAACGUGACGAGGAUCCGAAAGCCGCCCUUGAGGACGCCCCUCCGCCGGCCUCGUCCUCGGCCUCGCCCUCGGCCUCCGUUCCGACGUCGCCCCCCCUUCGCCCCCCACAGACGACCGCCCUCGCCCCCCAACCGCGAGGACAACGACACGUACAGACCGAAGAAGCCCAUUAAGCCGUACAAGAAGCCCGUGAAGGGGAAGCCGAAGGGGGAGGCGAGCAAGGGCGGCAAAGGCAGACGGAAGAAGAAGAAGAAGAAGGAGCCCGAAGUUCCAUCCUCCUGCGGGCCCUGCGAGAGGCCGCGGCGCGCCAAGCAGAUGUUCUGCACCAGCGACUUCGUGUCGCGUGUGGAGGUGAUCAACAGCGAGCCGGUGGGCGGAGAGCGCCGCUACGAGGUCCUCGUGCACCAGUCCUACAAGAACACGGUGCCGCUCCUCCACAAGGAGUUCCUGUGGGUGGACAACAACUGCCUGUGCCCCAAGAUGCGCCACGGGCGCUCCUAUCUGGUCAUGGGGUCAACGGAGGUCACGCGGGGGCGCGAGGUGCGGCUCGUGCUUCGGAACGGCAGUUACGUGCGCCGCUACACGCCCCGGAACCUGGCUCGGAUCCUGCGCGUCCGACACAACGAGAUGCGCUUCUGCCGGCCGUGGCGGAGGGACCUGCGCUUCCUGCGGCCGGAGGACAAGGCUCUCAACGCCACCGUCGCCAACGCCACCGCUGACGACGCCAGCGCCGCCUCGGCCUCGGCGGCAGGCGCUUCGGCCGUGCUGCUCGUGGGCACGUAACGCCCGACUCCCUCGUGCGGCCAGGCGAGGCCCAGGAGCUCCCGGAACCGCGAUGCGAGAUCUUUUCCGUUUCGUUCUCUCCAGUCUUCUCUUUCGUUCUCUUUCUCUUCCACUUCUCUUCUUCCGCUUUUCCUUUUCCUGAAGUGUUGGAAAGAUAUAAAAAUCCUUCAGGAAGCCUU